AUGGAAACAUCAUCCCCUAACAAGAACUUGGGUUCAUGGCUAAAAUUUAUGAAUAAUCCCAAAUCUUUAUCAACGGAUUCGUUUGCAACACCUAAUAGUAACCCCACUAUUACCACUAAUAAUAGAAUUGGUAAUACUAGACCAAAAUUGUCUAAAAGUUUUAGUAGCAAUAAUAAAAUUGUAUUACCUCAACAAAAAUCACAGCAAACACAAGAUACAUUACAAUAUGAUAUCCCUAACAGUAAUAAUAAUAAUAAUAAUAAUAAUAACAUGGCAAGUUAUAAACAAUACAGGGAUGAUUUUCUAAAGCAACGGCACAGUUUUCAUGGGCGGGUGUUUGGUGUGACAUUGCAAGAAAGCUUAAGUACCGCAAGUGCAGAAGUUAUUGUACAAUCUGAAUCUGUAAGCUUUGGUAAAAUACCCGUGGUUGUGGCCAAAUGUGGUGCUUUUUUGAAGAGUAAUGGUUUAAACACACAAGGGAUUUUCCGUAUAGCUGGUAAUAGUAAAAGAGUCAAAAAUUUACAAUAUAUGUUCUCAACACCAGAUUACGGUGUAAAGUUUAAUAACUGGGAAUCUUUUACUGUACAUGAUGCGGCUACCAUCUUAAGAAGAUAUCUAAACAACCUAGAGGAACCACUAAUACCUAUUGCUUGUUACAAUAAAUUUCGAGAACCCUUGAUUAGCAAACCCAGGAUUUUGAAAAAUAUGCAAAGAGGUGGUUCGAACUUUAUCAGUAGGGAUCAAGAGAACUUAUUGAAAAAGCAGGGGAAAGAAUUGGAAGAAAUGAAAAAUUCAAUAACAGAACAAGAAUAUAGAAGAAGAAGAAAGUCAAAUCAUCAUAAAAGGAAAUUGAUCAGAGAUAUAAGGUAUGCCUUAAAGAGUUAUGAAAAAUGUUUCCACAAUUUAAACAAAGACUCUAAGCAGUUACUAAUAUAUUUAUUAGAUUUAUUAAGUUUGUUUUCUCAACAUUCUGAUAAAAAUUUAAUGACUUCCAAAAAUUUAGCCGCCAUUUUCCAACCUUCUAUAUUAUCUCAUCCAGACCACGAUAUGGAUCCUAGAGAGUAUGAAAUUUCUAGGUAUUGCGUUGAAUUUUUAAUUGAUUUCUCGUAUAAAUUGUUACCACAUUUACUAAAAUUGGGCGAAUAUAAGGCGAAUUCGAAUCCGAUUGUUGCCCCCACUCCCAUUUCCACUGUUGGUACCACCAAAAACAAUGUGCCGAAAACAGAUCAUUCUAGCAAUGGUAAGCUACCCGCUAUUAUAACAACAACCAGCCCAUCAGAAGGUGCAAAUAUUGUAAAUACUAGAUCUCUUGAUAAUAGAUCAAUAGAGAGAGUUGGUUCGCCAAUGUUACCACAGCCAAGAAAGGCUAUUUCUCCCCUGUUAAAUACUCGUAAACUGCAUGUUAAAACAACAAGACCACAUAGUAAGUCUUUAUCAUCAAAACCAGCUAUAUUGCCCGAUGUAUUAAUUAUUAAAAAUAGGAGUAGUAUUUGGAUGGAUUCAGCACCUGAUGAUGAAUUGGAUGAUGAUGAUUAUGAUGAUGAUGAUGAUGACGAUGAUGACGGCGACUAUGAUUAUUAUGACCAUUACUAUGGUGUCAAAGAAAAAGAACGUGUAAAACAUACUAUCAAACAGAAGCCCCACACUUUUCAACAUAACAGCAAUAAUCAGCGAAAAAUUGAAGCCUCUGCAGCUAGUAAUAUAGACAGCGAAGACAGCAGUUUCGAUGAUUUGACUAAUUCAUUUUCUGAGAAUCAGUUGGAACUUGCAGCAGGAGACCUGAAAAAAAGCAACAACAACAGCCACAGCACGUUAGAUGGUAUUAUUAGGAAUGUACAAAGCGGAUAUGCCAAUUCUGCAGACCAUACAGCAGCAAAAAACAUAAGGAAUCAAUUAUUUUGUGCAAACGCCAAUACUUCCAACAGUGUUAAUUCUGUCAUAUCUGCUACUAACAAUAAUUUAAGCGUUCCGAAUUUGUCUAUACCAAGAGUCCGAACAAAAAGAUCCACAAGUAGUCUAAAUUUAAACUCUAGCAUUAGCAAUAGCUAUAGCCCAGUGACACCAAUAUUUGCUCCCAGCCCAUUAACUGGUAGUAACUCCGAUCAAGAUAAUGUAGUGACUGUCAUACCACGCAAUUUUAUAGAUACUAAUGAACAGCAGCAAUGUGCUGUUGACACCAAUGGUGCCUCUAAUCACAGCAGUGCUUCAACUACACCAAUUACGCCCACGGCUAACGCUACACAUAUAAAUAAUCACUCUGCUACAAUUUCUAAUGAUAAUAAUGGCAGCUCAACUACCAAGUGUACUGCCACAGCAACCAAUGUAAAAAUAACCAGUUUCCCAUCGGAUGCUGACGAAAACUUCUUGAGGCCACUAAAGCCACACGGAAAUGGUGUUAAAACUAAAAAAAGGGAUUCUUGGUUUCAGCGGAUAAGAAGUCAUUCACCAAUUUAG